GAGCCGGCCGGACACGGACCGCUCGGUCGCUGCCUCCCUCGGCGCAUCCCCGCAUCCCCACUGCCCUCCUCCCCUCGUCCUCUGCGGACCCUCGGUCCUCGCGCCCGGGGUCGUCCCGCUUGCUUGGCUCCGGCUCCUCGUCUCUUCCCUCCCCGGUCAACCCCGGGCAACUUUCUCCGCCGGAGCCCGGGGGUGAGGGGGACUCGCUUUACCCGGGAGGAGGGCUUCUCCUGGGCUUCGCUGGGGAGGGGAGGUAGCGUGUGGAGAAGGGCUUGGGAGUACCAAAGAGACGCCCGUCCCCCGCACCUUGCCCACGGCAGGCCAGCCGUCGGGUCUCCGCACCCUCCGCGCCCCCCACCCACCCAUGCACACACCCAAACCAUGACCGAGAUGAGCGAGAAGGAGAACGAGCCGGAUGACGCGGCCACUCACACUCCCCCAGGGACCGUCUCCGCCCUCCAGGAAACCAAGCUCCAGAGGCUCAAGCGCUCGCUCUCCCUCAAGACCAUCCUCCGAAGUAAGAGUGUGGAGAACUUCUUCCUCCGCUCAGGCUCUGAGCUCAAGUGCCCCACUGAGGUGCUGCUGACGCCCCCAACCCCGCUGCCUCCUCCUUCCCCACCACCUGCAUCUACAGACAAAGGUCUGCCCACCCCGGCACCCUCUCCAUGCCCAGUCCCACGCCCCCUGGCACCACUCAAACCGGUGAGGCUACACAGCUUCCAGGAGCAUGUCUUCAAGCGGGCCAGCCCUUGUGAGUUGUGCCAUCAGCUCAUUGUAGGAAACUCCAAGCAGGGCUUGCGAUGUAAGACAUGCAAAGUCAGUGUCCACCUGUGGUGCUCCGAAGAGAUCUCCCACCAGCAAUGCCCGGGCAAGACGUCCACCUCUUUCCGCCGCAACUUCAGCUCCCCGCUCCUGGUGCAUGAGCCGCCACCAGCCUGUGCCAUGAGCAGAGAGUCCCCACCGACUGCAGGGACCAGCGGGAAGGUAGACCCGGUCUACGAGACCCUGCGCUACGGCACCUCCCUGGCACUGAUGAACCGCUCCAGCUUCAGCAGCACUUCUGAGUCCCCCACCCGGAGCCUGAGUGAGCUCACCGAGGAUGGAGAAGGCAGCAUUCGCAGCUCGGAGGAGGGACCUGGUGACAAUGUAUUCACAGCCCCAGCCGAGAGCGAAGGGUCAGGAGCUGAGGAGAAGAGCCCUGGACAACAGCCUCCCAAGCUGGCCCUGCGGAAGGACGUGGGACCCAUGUAUUCCUAUGUUGCACUCUACAAGUUUCUGCCCCAAGAGAACAACGACCUGGCUCUGCAGCCUGGAGACCGGAUUAUGCUGGUGGACGACUCUAAUGAAGACUGGUGGAAGGGCAAGAUCGGUGACCGGGUUGGCUUCUUCCCAGCCAAUUUUGUGCAGCGGGUGAGACCAGGCGAGAAUGUUUGGCGCUGCUGCCAGCCCUUCUCCGGGAGCAAGGAACAGGGUUACAUGAGCCUCAAGGAGAACCAGAUCUGUGUAGGUGUGGGCAGAAGCAAGGAUGCUGACGGCUACAUCCGCGUCACCAGCGGCAAGAAGCGGGGCUUGGUGCCAGCCGACGCCCUGACUGAGAUCUGACAGAAGCCUAGAGAGCCCAGAUGCUACCCUUGCCCGUGCCUGGCCCUUGCUUCUGGCCCGAAGGGGAGAAGGCAUCCUGGCCACACCCUUUCCUUCCCCUGCCUCUCUAGGCACCACACACCCCAGCUUAGGAGCCUUCUGCAUUAAGGAAGGUUUUAUUUCUUGGGUGGAAUUCCCUGAGUGGGUUGGUCUUCUGGGACUUGGGGAGGAUGGAAGGAAGUAGGAAGGAAUGAGGAAGCUGCAGGUAGGUCCACCCAGUGCCCAGGUAACCCGCAGUCCACUUGCCUCCCUAAGUCCAUCCUGGGGAGUCCCCUGCUGAGUCUUCCAGAUACCUCAGCUGCCCAUACUGCCCUUGCAUGCCUGACUCUCCUCUGCCCACAGCCCUUGCUUGGGUCUCUGUGCAUCUGCCCCUUUGCAAGUGGGGCCGUGGGAGGGGGCCUUCCUGUGUCCCUCAGCCUUGUACCAUAAGAGGGCCCUGAGUCCACCUCUGGUCUCAACACCUCUGUCUCUUCAUCAAUUCUCAGGAAAGUUCUGCAGGAAUCUCUCUUCCCGUUACUUGAAACCUAGGCCAACAGAGCAGGGGAAGGACCGAGGUGUGUGUGUGGUGGGGGGGGGUCGUUGUGACAAAUAGGAAUGUUCCCUAAGGACAAUCACCACAGGGUGACUGCCUAACCCUACCUUUGUAUAUUGGAAAAUGGUGUCCAAGGGCAGCCUGAACAACGUUUCAGUUGAGAACAAGACACUGGCCCCUGCUUGGUCAAAAUGACCCCCAUUUCACUGUCAGGACUACAAAAGUCCCUCCUCCCCCCCAACACAUACCAGGAGCAACCAGCUAGGGGAGUGUGUGAUUGUCAGCCUCUGCCCCUCCAGAAGCCCUGCCCUCAGGGCUGACGUAAUGACCCCUCCCACCAGGUUCCCUGGGGCUCAGCUCUGGGAGGACACCAGGUGGGAGGCAAGGAAGGCAGAAUGUUGAUUGGCUACUAGGCCUCCCUGGGGUGCAGUGGGCAAGACAAAGAGGACCUCUCCCUUGUAGACUGCUUCUGGUGCCAGCCCUCUCCCCUCAGCUCAGAGCUCCCUUUUGUGCCCUUGAUCGUGCCAGCCAAUGCCAUCCCCAACCUGGGCACAGUCACGCCCUCCAUACAGUGAGAGGGACAGAUUCUCUUACCCAACAAACCCCACCCUACUUUUUCCCCCCAAGAGGGGGCUCAAGCCACACUGCCCUGUUUGCUGCCAUGAGCCCCUCCCCAGCAAAACCCGGGGGGCGGGCCUGAUGCCCACUGUACAUGAGGCUGCAUGAUGGGUCUUCUGGGGGCGUUGCUGAGUCCCUAGACCCCUAAUUAAAUGUUUCUUGUCCCA